CGCAAGUCCGAUGGAAUACUCUGGCGGAUCCGGGAGAUUGAACUGAAUUCACAGCUCGCAGAGAUCAAGCAGCGCUAUGGCGAGCUAGAGUGCCUGCACGACGCUGAAUACACUUCCAAUGCCCUCCGCGACCUCGGGCGCAAUCCUAUGGUUCCGGCAGGGGCCAGUGCACACCUCUCCGCACCCUGUGAUAGUGCCUGCUCCUCCGUGGCACCUACUCCCGAGGUGCGUCGGGCCUCAGAACCACAGCGCACAAAAUCUGAUCCAGAUACUCCUCGUGCGGUUCGACGUACUUCUGAGGCACGUACAGAUCCAUCCUUCAGUGGUCGGUUGUCUUCCACCUGGAAGGAUUUACCGCCAGCUAUCAUGACUGACUCAAUUGGUCCCCUGGAGGAUAUUUGCCUCCUACCGGAUGAUCCCAUGAUCACAAGUAUUUAUCUCAAGUGCUCGAAUGUUGCGGAGAUGCCAUAG